UCCUUUACAAAACAAUAUCAGUGCGAUAAGGCGCGACGGAUAAUAAAUAACACAAACAGUCCUGAUCGAACCACAAGACGAACUGGUCGAAAUGUGGCACGCGCUGUUCAUGUCCUCAAUAUUAUUCACAUUCGCGUAUUUAUUUAAAAAAAUAACAGACAGGGAACCGAAUAAAAUUAAAUAUCAUUUUUAUUUCAUAUCAUUUUAUGUCUCUUGUUGUAUGUUGGCAUUGGUGAUGUGGCCGCUUUUCCUGUUCAGCCCAAAAAAUGUAAGGAAUACCAAGUGGGCAGCGAAAAUACUAAAACACGUAACAAAGAUAAUGAACUUGAAAUGGGAGCUGCGAAACGGUGAGAUCCUGGCCGAGGAACGCGGUGCAGUUGUCGUUUCAAAUCAUCAGUACACAUUGGAUGUUUUAGGAAUGUUCAAUAUAUGGGAUGUGGCUGAUAGAAUUUCAGCGAUAGCCAAAAAAGAACUGUUUUACGUUUGGCCAUUUGGUCUUUCUGCCUAUUUGGCCGGAGUAGUCUUUAUAGACAGAUACGAUCCCAAGGAAGCUUAUAAACAGCUUCAGGUCACUUCAGAAGUUAUGACAAAGAACAAGACGAAAAUCUGGAUAUUCCCUGAAGGCACCAGAAAUAAGAAUUUUACAAAAUUCCUACCAUUUAAAAAAGGAGCCUUUAACAUUGCUGUUUCUGCUCAAGUUCCUGUCAUACCUGUGGUUUAUUCUCCAUAUUACUUCAUCAAUCCCAAGAAGCAUAUCUUCAAUAAAGGUCACGUAAUAAUGCAGUGUUUGGAGCCAAUACCCACUAAAGGAUUAACUAUGGAAGAUGUACCUAUUUUAAUACAAAAAGUAUACGAAAAAAUGACUGCGGCCUAUAAAGAACUAUCCAAGGAAGUCUUAAGCGAUUUACCUCCAGAUUAUGCUUACAGCCCUGUUGGAUAACCAAUAGCAGUUUUUUUUAAUUAGAUUUAAAUUAAAAUUAGUUUUAAAUUAGAUUUAAGUCCUGCUAGCUUUUAAAUGCUAUGUCGCAAUU